CUCGCAGGCGUACGGUCCGUGUUUUUCCAGAUUAUGUGCGUACUUUCUUUCUUACAAAUGAAAAAUUUUCAUUUCCCGGUGGGUGGAGUGUGAGCGAAGGAUUUUUACCCAUCGACUAGCCUUUGCUGUAGUGCGAAUAAUUACACUAAUUUUUGUCGUUUUACCAAGUUGUUGGAUAGUCGAUUAGGUCAAACCGCGUGAUUUGCAGAUUACAUUUGGUCGAGAUAACUUAGGAGGUAGUUUCGUAAUCAACCGGAUAAUAAUAAAAUACGGCGCAAUCGAUUAGUGUCAGUGUUCUGUGAAAAGUUUCUUUGUUGAAAAUUGUAAUCCUCAUCCGUACUUAUUUGAUUUUAAUACGCAAUGUUCAGUGUACUAUUUAAAGCUAUGUGAAAAUAAAGCAGAGCAAAUAGUUGCAGAAGAAAUAAAUAAGUAGCAAUGUCCUGAAACCUACGUUUGAGUUCUGACGUAAGUUGUACGGAGGUGCUGAAGGAAGAUAAUCGCUCGCUUGUAUUUUUUGAUACGGUGCGGCGACGCUGGCUAGAAAGGAAUAUUGAGUGGGUAGAAGGAGUUGAUUCUACAAGCAUUUACCCAAAACCGAAAAGGGUCACGGAAAAGUGUAGCGAACGGAAAAGCGUCAUGAGCGGUACACUACUGUGAUACACCGAAUGAUUAAUGGAUAGGGUUUGUGUGCGUUUGUUAAAAUGGUAUGAAAGCAUAGCGCAGUGUACAGUGUCAUUAGCAAUCUCUGACAAUACAACCGAUUGUUCGUUACUUCGCAUUAUAUAUUAAACGUACAAUUAACAAUGCAAUAUGUAACGGAAAGCUAACUUGUGAUUAAGUAUUGACGGGCAUGCUUAUGGGACAUCGUUGAAAAUAUGACCCAAUAUGUCACACCGACUAUUUUGUAUCAACAACUGUGUAAUAUUUUAAAGCACCGAUGUGAGUAUCGGCCACUUUAAUAAAGGAUUGACACCGAUCGACGUAAUCGCAAAGCAUAUCGUGUCGUUAUGGAUCAACAUCCGUUGUUGCUAACCAACGAAAGCAUUCACGAUAGUGGCAUAAUUGAGGAUGUACACCAGGAAUCGGAGGAUACCGGAAACGAAGAAUAUGGUGAUGAGAGUAAUUUGGAAUCCAAUUUGCGACGUAGAAGAGGAAAAAUCAUUUCUUGCGUAGAAAAUGCAUCCCGACUGAUUCGGAGGCGAGUACCUUGCGCGGGGCAUCUAAUGACACCACGGCGGCUAUGGUUAAAUAAAAUUCCAACCCAGUGUGACGUGGUUAUUGAGUUUCCAGAAGACGCCCCGGACGAUGCACUUCGAUGGCUGCUUAAUAAGAUUAAGGCAACCCCACCAGAAGGCUUAGGUUUAUCAGCGCUGGUGAGAGCACACGAUAGUACAAAACGAACUGCUUUCUAUAUCACCGCUCCAAUGAAUGUGUUGUUCAAAGCAGCAGAGGAAGCACGUCUGCCAAAAAGGCUUCGCAUGGAUCUCGGUGGGGCUUUGAAGGAAUUUACCAAACGAGAGAGCCAUUGCUUUGCCCAAGCAAAAGAUAAUGAGGGCUCGAACACGUUGUUCACGUCUCAGGAGCGACAGUGGCUGGUCUUACAGGUGCUCCAAGGACUAAGGGCUGGAGUGUUGGAUCUAAAAAUUCUUCAGGGGCGAGCGCACGUUGAAGAGGGCCAAAGUAUAGUGGCUGCCUGGCAGGAACUGGGUCUGAUAACACAAGUGUUUCCUUUACACGAAACAAGCGCCUUACAACAACUGCAGUCGAGUUGGGUACGAAAGUUUUUUGCACCGCAGCCCUUAGAUGAUAUCGCAGCAUACUUCGGAGUUAAGGUGGCUUUAUACUUUGCGUGGCUCGGACAUUAUACAUGUGCGCUGUGUGUUCCGGCUGUUCUCGGUUCCGUACUGUAUGCGGGUUUAUGGGGACGAGGGCAGACAGCGCAAGAUAUCGGACACGUAAUUUUUUCUUUGUUCAACGUGGCCUGGGCAUCGUUAUAUCUGGAAGCCUGGAGGCGCUAUUCCGUUGAGUUGGCCUUCCGUUGGGGAACACUUUCCACUCCACCGGAGUUGCUGGAACCACCAAGACCGUUAUAUAAGGGUCCAUUGGAAGAGAGUCCCGUCACGGGGCGGCUAGAGCCCCGUGAAACACCCGCUUGGCAGCGGCGAGCGUUUCGGUAUCUAGUUAGUUUUCCAAUAAUUGGAUUAUGUUUAGUGCUAGUGUUUGUAGUGAUGUUUCUGAUGUUGCAACUUCAGGAUUGGCUCGAUCAGCACUUACCAAAUUCCAACGGUGGCCCCUGGGAUUGCAUGUGCAUGGCGUCGAAGGAUUGGUGGGAUGAGAAACUCCCGGAGCAGGGUAUUUUCAGCUGUCUGAGUGUGAUACCGAAAGUCCUGCUAGCCGGCGCCAUAACGCUGAUGGAUGAGGCAUACUACAAAUUGGCCGUCUGGUUGAACGAUAAAGAAAAUUAUCGACUGCAGUCUAAGUACGAAAACCAUCUCAUUGGUAAGGUGGCAUUGUUCCAGUUUGUCAACAGUUUCCUGUCACUUUUUUACAUUGCCUUUUAUCUCCGUGAUCAGGAUAAGUUGAAGGAGCAAUUGGCAGGCUUGCUCAUAUCACGGCAAAUAAUAGGAAACCUGCGGGAAUCGGCGUGGCCCUAUUUGGUGGAACAAUGGAAAUUAGCCAAGCUGAGCUUUAAAAUGUGGGGUGCACUUAGCCCCACGCAAGAGGCUCCACCGCCGACAGACGCAAGCAAACUAGUGGGUGACAGCAAAAGUUCAUCAGAUUGCACGACGUCGACACCAAAACGGUCGAUCGGUCAGGCGGAAAUCGAAAGCUCCCUGUAUAAAUAUGAUGGCACCUUCUCCGACCAUUUGGAGAUGCUAGUUCAAAUGGGAUACGUCGUUUUGUUUUCCGCUGCCUUCCCUUUGGCCGGCUUAUGUGCCUUGGCUAAUAAUUUGCUGGAAAUUCGGUCCGAUGCUUUUAAGUUAGCACACGUGCAUCAGAGACCCUUCGGACAACGCGUGGCUAACAUUGGCACAUGGCAGAAUGCUUUAGGUAUGCUGGGACUUGCAGCUGUGAUAGUUAAUUGUGCUCUAAUAGGUUUAUCCGGUCAAGUUUCGCGACUUUGGCCAGGGCUAACCUCCACACAGACCGUCAUAUUGAUAGUCGCAUUGGAGCAUGUGAUGCUGGCCCUACGAUCGGCCUUGACCUGGCUUCUACCGGAGCUUCCAUCCUGGCUUGCAGCAGAAAUAGCACGCGCGGAACACUGUCGCCGAGAAAUGCAGUGCAAAGGACCAUCGCCCCGACAGACUCCACCGUCUCCACCGUCGUCAACUUCGCUAUCUCAUCAUGAUCCCGAUUUCAACAGCAGUCAAGAUAUAUACGACAGGACCGAGCAAUUAGUUGGCAGAUUUCACAUCUCCUCUAGUCACGAUAAUCACGCUAAUGAUUUGGAGCGGAUCACUAUGAGUGACGUGGCGGCAAAAUUGGAUAACUUAAGCAGUCAGCAGCAACAGCACCUGCAUCAACAGCAGCAACAACAACAACAGCAAGCACAUGUUCAACAGCAAGCACCAACACCCAUACAGCUACAUCACAACAUUCUUCAACAUAAAAAAGAGUCACGCAGUAGUAAUGACAAUAUCGAUAUGUUAACCACCGAAACCCGAGAGGUUACCCCGGAGUCGCCCAUUUCACAGACCAGCACAGUAUUCUUACGACCUCUCCAAGACUCUCCUCUUAGUGGUCAAUCGGCACAAACUGUUGCAUUAGAAUCUACACAGCCAAACUCAGGUGCAUGCCCAAAGAAGCCAGAAAUAAAACUCGCUGAAAUUCCGCCAUUCCGUGGACAGUCGAUGAAGCACAGUUAUAGUAUUUACGAUAAACGAAGCAUCAACCUUGGUGAAUCCCUCAGUCCACGAGUAUCUUCGCCACCGAUCCAGAUUCCGGAAAUUCCGCCCUUCCGUAAGCAAGCGCACUCUACCAUCCAUUCACCGGUGACUCAGAGUCCACAGAACAUUUCCUCCGCUAACCCGUCGCCACCCAGAAUAGCAGAGAUUCCUCCGUUCCGGCCUCGUAACAAAUCCAAGGACUGGAUGCCCAACAUCGAGCACACCGAGCACCAUCUUACGAUUGGGCCUAGCGGCGGGGCGGAGUGGGCCAAACGUUUGAAGGCAGCAGAUCCUUCGAUUAUACACAGAAGCACCGAUUGUAUUGUAGCAAAGCAACAAGAGCUGGCCACGGGAUCCGAUUCGGAACUUUUGAAAGGUGCACCGUCGUGGAACAACAUGGCGCCUAAAGUUCCUGAACAAGCUGGAACAAGCACAAGUGCUCCAUCUGUAAAAACACAAACCGAGGAGGAAGCCAAGGCUGCUGCUGAAUUAGCUGCAAAGAAGUCACGUCUGAAGCAAAGCUUAGUUAAAAGGGCACGGUCAGUGGCUAUCUUUUCCCUUAAAUUAAAGGAACAACGAGCGAAGCGUGCCGAGAAGGCAGCCCAGGAAGCGAGAGACUCCUUACCGGCGCCACCCCCUGGGGGCGAGUUAUCAUUGAUACCGAUUGAGCAGCUGAUCCAGGUCGAUGACGUUCUAAAUCAGCGCAACCAAAAUUUGCAACACUCGCACUUGGGCAGUAGUAGUAAUAAUCACAAUAAUGGCUCAGGGCAUACGUAAGCAGGAUGAUCACGGGUACACCGAAUGUCUCCCUGCUCUGUACAGACAGCUUAAACCAGGAAGCCCGUUCAUUCCAACAUUGUAUUAUUUUACCAGGCAUAAAUGAUGUUUCAAGUGUGUCAGAAUGUUAAUGAUGUUUGAAGAAGAUGUACAGUAAGAAGUAUUGGCAGAAUGAAUAAUUAUCUACGAAUUUUAGUCGUAUUCAGCCCAUUGCUACAGUGAUUCGAUGUUUAGACUUCAGACAUUUACAAUAGUUUAUAUUGAACUAAGUGAGUAUAUAUAUAUAUAAAAGAAACUAAAAUCAGGAAGGGUUUGUAUUACUGCAAGAACCUCAACGAACCAGGCAAAACGUGAUGAAAGGGGGGUGCGAAAUGAUUUUAUAAUUUAAUUUUGUUUUUCUAUUGACGCAAAUUGAUAAAAAUGUUCAGCAAGUGUAUUAGAAUGUAGUAUUACUAUUAUUACUUUAGCCGUGAAGCAAAAUUUAAUGUUUCUUAUUUUAUAAUUUAGGUAAACUUAAAACACUAUGCACUAUCCAACCAAUCGAAAUUUAUUUUGUUUUGCAGAUACUCUGAUGUAGAGUAUGAUUCUGCGUAUGUUUAAGUGCGAAAUGUUGAAUAACUCAAUCAUUCAGCUCGUUGUGCAAUGUAUGUAGGUUGACUAGAAAAACGAAGGUGUGCUGGAAAAAUGAAAAUUACGUUGAAUUUAACAUAGAACAAUCAUUAGUUUUUUUAUAGCUUGCUCAAAAUAUAUCCAGCUUCAUACGCAGUAAACUUUUAAGUGAUAUAAAUUCUAAAUUGAUACAAAAUAAAAUAAUAUUCAAUAUUCAUACCGCAGUUCAUGUGCGAUUUUUCGCGAUUAAAAAUUGAAUUUUUGAUAUGUUUUUCAGCAGAAGUUAAGUUUCCUAUGCUAAAUCAUUUAGUUCAACGCUGACAAUAUUUUUGUGACUGACCAGGUCAACAUUUUUUCGAAGCCUUGAUAUACAGUUCAAAAGAUCAAAAUGUUCGAAAUUGAUGAUUUAUUAUAAAUUGUUAUUAUAAUAUCAGUACGCAGCAUUAUGAAUAUAGUUUGCUUGGUAACUCGAUAUUUCUUUAAGCAAAAAUCAGUAUUUAGCAAAGUAAUCAUAAGCCUCUGAAAGACUGUUAGCAGCAAAGUUGAACGAAUAUGAAAAAAACUAAUUCCGUCAAGUCAAUUAAGCCAGACAUGCAUAAUGAGCAACAGAAGCAGUGCAGUUAAAUUAAUACCGUCUUUGCAUAUCCAGCCGAAUAAGCGAACCAUUCUCACCGGACCUACACAUCCAAACGUUUGAGAGCUGCAACCUGAGCACAAGUCUUGUACUGAAUUAGUAAACUAAACGUUAUAUACAAAUCUAUACCUAUCACACUAUUAAUCCUAUCGUCAACAGUUCACUUUCCAUUCUAGUAUUACAGUUUCGAUAAUGUAAUUUAUUAAUAAUACAUUCACGUACAAAUCAGUCAUCUUGUAGAAUUUGAUAACAUACAUCCUCUAACACUGAUUCUAUGUACAUUCUAAAGCUAGGCAUAGGUGGAAAAAGCACCAGUACAUUGUUGCGAUACUUAUUUCUAUUUCGCAAAACUUAUCGAAACUAUCAUAUAAAUGCACAUUCAUACAUUUUACCCAACAAUAUUUUGACCAUAACCACAGUUCUGGUAACAAUAUUUCUUUCAGUACCCAAUACAGUACUCGUGUAUAAUCAGUCGGUGCAAGAUCUAUUUGAUUUGUGAAUGAAUUGGUCCAUGAAACAAAAAAAAAAAAAAAAACAAAGAAUAAAAAUAAGCCCCUGUUAUAAUGAUAAGCUCAUAGAUUAGUUAUGACAGCGCGAACGAGAAGGAGGAAAAGGUUGACUAGUUAAAACUAAAUAUUGGUCAUAAACUGUACAUUCUAAAAAUUAGGAAAUAAAAUGUUGAUGUUAAUUGAAUAA